AUGGAAUAUCAAACAGAAACUCAUUGUAAUACUCAAGCGGCACCUGGACACAAUGAUUUAGAAAGCAACACUCGAAAAAUAUUCUUCUUAGAUGUCCAUCAACUUUAAAGCAAGGACUAAAGCCGACUUGAUAGUAUCUUUAGUACUAUUGAUUAGUAUUUGAUUGCCAAGAAUUCUGAUAGAAAAGAUCAUUUGAAACAUUAUAGAGACAUCCCAAUUCCUCUCGAGAAACUUUACAAAGACUCAGACUACGUUAAGAACAGACAUGGCCAUGAUAUUCAAGUUAAGAUAGAUCCCUAUGUCCAGAAUAAGAAGAAAAGAAGAUAAAUAUCUUUGAUAAAAGACUCAUUUGGUCAAGAAGAAGAAGUAUUAUUCCAAAGAUUAAAUCAAGCCUUUGCAUCACUAGCUAAUGAAUUUGAAGGAAGGUCAAUAUUUGAAAUCACAGAAAUUUUCAUGAGAGUAAGUGGAGAUCUCUAAGCUGUUCGAGAUUACCUAUAGGGUAAAAGAGUUGUGGAAUGGUAAUAUUUAGAGGAUAUUGGAUUGUCUUAGCCAGAGACUUCUACUGAAUAUAGAUGCUUAAUUACAACAAAAGGUCGUGAGGAAGUAGAAAAGAGGAAAAGGUUCUUACUCUCUACUGCAAGUCUCAAUUAGUUUAGAAACGAUAAUAAAGAGAAUGAAAUGAUGGAUAUGAAUUGA